GCGAAGUCUGCAAAAAGGAAAUUAAUUUAGUUUUCUGUAUUUUCAUUUGAUCUAAUAACACCAUACCAGUUUGCAGUUGUUGGUAGGAAAAUAGCUAAUUUCUCAAAGAGCAAACACAAGGAAUUUCAGAAUGUAUAAGCAACCUACAUGUUAUGAACCUGUUUUUGUGAGUAAACCGUGCAUUCCAUAUGUUGGUGAAAUACCAGGUGGUCUACAAUGUGGAACCCUUAUUACUAUACAAGGCCAAACAUCACACCACCAUUCAAGAUUCUCCAUUAAUUUUUGUUCAUCACCAAUUUCUGAGCCUCUCCCAGACACUAUUUUGCAUAUUGAUCUUCGUUUUAAUGACUGCUGCAUUGUACGCAAUUCACUUUAUUGGGGAAGUUGGGGUUCAGAAGAACGUGAUGGAUGUUUCCCUCUGAGAAAGGGAGAACUUUUUGAAGCAGUCAUAUUGGUUGAAAAUAAUGGAUUUAAGAUUGCCUUCAAUGGAAAGCAUUUUGCUUAUUUUGCCAGAAGAUAUCCGUUGUGUCUGGGAAAGUUUUUGAUAAUAAAGGGACAUGUCCAUAUCAACUUUAUCAGAAUCGGUAAAAACGAACCUUUACCAACACCCUCAAUACCACCAUCUUAUCCAGUUCCAAAGUGCCUUCAAUAUCCUAAAGUUCCAUUGUCAGUAUCUUUACCAAACACCUACAAUAGGCAUAUAUUAGUUACUGGCUAUCCAAGCUCACAGUAUCCUGAAAGAUUUUCAAUAAAUCUGAAGUUUGGCUGUGAAACACCUUUCCAUUUGGAUGUCCGUUUCCAUUAUGGAGCCUCUCGAAAUACUGUUGUCUGUAACAGUUAUAUUUUUGGUGCUUGGGGAAAUGAAGAAGUUCACUCUCAUUUCCCCUUUUCCUGUGGUAAUUCAUUUGAAAUAAAGAUAAUUGAGACACCACAUAUGUACAAGGUUUUAGUCAAUGGACACCACUACCUAAACUUCAACCACCGAUUUCCAGCAUAUAAUCAAGUGAACAAAUUAGAGAUUGAAGGAGAUGUUGUGCUCACUUUAGUUGAAUUCAAAUAAAUCUUUGUGUUAA